UUUCAGUUCACAGUCCCACCCACUGUUGUCAUCCCUGUUCAGCCUUUUUCAGUGCCUGUGUUGUGGUGGAAAAGGGAAAAGCUACAGAAGGAAAGGGAAGAGUGGUCAGCAGUGCCGAGGGGGGAAAAGAGGGGUGAGGUGGGCGUGCAUGUGUGAGUCAGGGUGUGUGCUGAUUGUUCAAUGUUAACACAGAGCUGCCAUGGAGUCUUCUAGACUGAUCCACUCCAUACUACUGACAGUUAACUACUGUCAUCGUCCGUGGCUUUAAAUUUCCUCUGCCAUGGAAAAGCGUGAGGCUGGGAGCACCAGCCCUGUGGUGCGUCAGAUAGACAAGCAGUUUCUGGUCUGCAGCAUCUGUCUGGAUCAUUACAGGAACCCCAAGGUCCUGCCCUGUCUGCACACCUUCUGUGAAAGUUGUCUCCAGAACUACAUUCCCCCAGAGUCUCUUACGCUCUCGUGUCCAGUGUGUCGUCAGACGUCCAUCCUGCCAGAGAAAGGAGUGGGUGCUCUACAGAACAACUUCUUCAUCACUAAUCUAAUGGAGGUCCUUCAACGGGACCCCGAGUGCUCACGGCCGGAGGCCUGCAGUGUCCUUGAGUCAGUUAGUGCUGCAGCUGCAGGGAAGCCCCUCUGCUGCCCGAACCAUGACGGAAAGGUGAUGGAGUUCUACUGCGAGUCGUGUGAGACAGCCAUGUGUCUGGACUGUACGGAGGGUGAGCACCGAGAGCACGUGACUGUUCCUCUGCGGGACGUUGUGGAACAGCACAAGGCCGCGCUGAAGACACAGCUGGAUGCCAUACUAAGCAGGCUCCCACAGCUAACAACAUCCAUUGAGCUGGUGAGUGAGAUCUCCCGCCAGCUGAAUGAAGGGAAGAACAAGGCGGUGGCAGAGAUUACCAGUACUUUUGAAGAGCUGGAGCGGGCGCUGCAUCAGCGCAAGACGGCCCUCAUCACAGACCUGGAGAACAUAUGCAGCACAAAGCAGAAGGUCCUGCAGGCCCAGCUUUCAUCUCUUCUCCAGGGGAAGGAACACAUCCAGAGCAGUUGCAGCUUUACUGAGCAGGCUCUUAGCCAUGGGAGUGCUACUGAGGUGCUGCUAGUUCAGAAGCAGAUGAGUGAGCGGGUAACAGCGCUGGCAAGACAUGACUUCCCAGAGAGACCACAUCAGAAUGCACACCUGGAUUGUCAGGUGGAAACUGAAGGUCUGCGGCGCUCCAUCCAGAACCUGGGAGUUCUCCUCACCACAUCUGCGGUGGCUCACACCUCCGUCGCCACAGGAGAGGGCCUCCGCCACGCAACAACUGGCCAGAUGCAAACAAUUACUGUGACAACAAAAGACAAAGAUGGGGAGUUGGUGCGGACAGGAAAUGCUGUUUUAAAAGCGGAGAUCACAUCUGCUGACAGGAGCCGGGUUGCGGAGACGGAGAUAACGGACAAUAAGAAUGGGACGUAUGAGGUGGGCUACACGUUACGCACUGAGGGAGAGUACACUUUCUCUCUGUUGAUGUAUGGCCAACCGUUACGUGGUAGCCCGUUCCGCCUGCGGGCCAUCAAGCCCUCAGAUGUGCCACAAUCUCCAGAUGACGUAAAGAGGAGGGUGAAGUCUCCCAGCGGGACAGGGGGCCACAUACGGCAGAAAGCAGUGCGACGGCCUUCCAGCAUGUACAGCACCACCAAGAAAAAGGAGAACCCCAUCGAGGAUGAGCUCAUCUACAGAGUGGGUUCCCGAGGUAGAGAAAAAGGGGAGUUCACAAAUCUGCAAGGAAUCUCAGCCUCUUGUAGCGGCAGAGUGGUGGUGGCUGACAGCAACAACCAGUGUAUACAGGUAUUCUCCAAUGAUGGCCAGUUCAAGAUGCGUUUUGGGGUCAGAGGUCGGUCUCCGGGGCAACUGCAGAGACCAACUGGUGUCACUGUGGACAUGAACGGGGACAUUGUGGUAGCAGACUAUGACAAUCGAUGGGUCAGCAUCUUCUCCUCUGAUGGGAAGUUUAAGAAUAAGAUCGGCGCAGGCCGGCUUAUGGGUCCUAAGGGUGUUGCUGUCGAUAAGAAUGGACACAUCAUCACAGUGGACAACAAGGCCUGCUGUGUCUUCAUCUUUCAAUCCAAUGGGAAGUUGGUGACUAAAUUUGGAGGCAGAGGGACCUCUGACAGACAGUUUGCUGAAAAACUUGGCCCAAACUUUAAUAAAUCUGGCUCAGUUUUCAGUCCACACUUUGUUGCCGUGAACAACAAGAAUGAAAUUAUUGUGACUGAUUUUCACAAUCACUCCGUAAAGGUGUACAGUGCAGAUGGAGAGUUUUUGUUUAAGUUUGGUUCUCAUGGUGAAGGCAAUGGCCAGUUCAAUGCUCCCACUGGCGUGGCUGUGGACGCCAACGGAAACAUCAUCGUAGCGGACUGGGGUAACAGCAGAAUACAGGUGUUUGACAGCACAGGCUCCUUCUUAUCUUACAUUAACACCUCAGCGGACCCUCUGUACGGCCCCCAGGGCCUCGCCCUCACCUCAGAUGGACAUGUUGCUGUUGCCGACUCUGGGAACCACUGCUUUAAGGUUUACAGAUAUCUGCAGUAGGCUGAGGGAAACGCUUACUGCUUGCGGACAUAGAGCUGCAACGUGCCUGCACAUUUCCCAGUGACCCCAGUUUCCACACAUUUUUCCAUUUUCAUUUUGUGUGUACAUACUUUAGAAUAUCUACUAUUCAGAACUAAAGACAAAGACAUGUUUUUUGCAUGAAAAACUACCCAAAUUCAAGUCUAAUUAGAAUAUGUUAUAAAGACAAAAUAAGCUAGUAAUCCCAAAAUGUAUUGCAGAAGUGAUAUUAAUUUCCUCUCUGA